CUAAAAACUCUGAAACCCCAUUUUAAAAUACACUAUACUAUAGAGACCCCUUAUGCUGCGUUUAGAACCAGAAUUGCAUUUGCGUAGAAACUGUUUCUCAGGCGGCCUUUAUAACCCUGGCCUUUAUAACCCUAUAGUCCUGGCCUUUAUAACCCUAUACCUUCUUCCAGAAGGCAGAAGCUGAAAGAGAUAAUUUCCGGGGUGCGUACUAUCCUGCGCUAUCUCUGCCGCUUUCUUAUGGCACCUGGAAGCAUAGAUUUGAUCUAAGGUGGGAAGAGUGCACCCAAUUAUUUUUUGACAGUCUACUUCAGCUCUUGCUUGCCUGGUUGGAGUCCAGCUGGACAUGCCCUUUCCCAAGAUACUCCAUUGAGUUUCCCUUCCCUCUUGGUUUUCCAUUCCCGGACACCUGCCCCCUCCAAUAGCCAGCCAGCACUUCAUGUCCACUGAGUAGGAUCAACUCUCCUGGUUGAGCUCUUUUGAGGCUCCCCCACACACAUAGGAUUCCCCCUCCCCACUCCAAAGUUGUUUUUGUAAUACCCACCCACCCUUGUACCUGGGUCUUGCUUGCCACAUCCACAGCAGACAUUAAAAGAGCCAGUGUGGUGUAGUGGUUAAGAGCGGUAGUCUCGUAAUCUGGGGAACCGGGUUCGAUUCCCCGCUCCUCCACAUGCAGCUGCUGGGUGACCUUGGGCCAGUCACACUUCUCUGAAGUCUCUCAGCCCCACUCACCUCACAAAGUGUUUGUUGUGGGGGAGGAAGGGAAAGGAGAAUGUUAGCCGCUUUGAGACUCCUUAAAGGGAGUGAAAGGCGGGAUAUCAAAUCCAAACUCUUCUUCUUAAAGGUGAUACAUCUUUUUUAAACAGUCAUGGCUUCCCCCAAGAACCAUGGGAACUGUAGUGAGUUAAGGGUGCUGAGGGUGGCUGGGAGACACACCUAUUCUCCUCACAGAGAUCCCGGGUUCUCCUAAGCACUUUCAUGUGUUACAGUGGUACCUCGGGUUAAGAACUUAAUUUGUUCUGGAAGUCUGUUCUUAACCUGAAACUGUUCUUAACCUGAAGCACCACUUUAGCUAAUGGGACCUCCUGCCGCCACCCCGCCACCGCCGCACAAUUCCUGUUCUCAUCCUGAAGCAAAGUUCUUAACCCGAGGUACUAUUUCUGGGUUAGCGGAGUCUGUAACCUGAAGUGUCAGUAACCUGAAGCAUCUGUAACCCGAGAUACCACUGUAUUUUCACAAAUAUAUACAUUCCUACGCACACUUUACCCUAGCAUGUACAUUCUUUGCACACAUUACUUGGCUGGGGAACCGCGCUUCGAGAGAAGUGUGAAUUCCAACGGAAGACUGUAUUUUGGUUCACCUGUUGUUUUGGGAAGUAUGAAUUGAGAACUCUCCUUUAAAUAAGAACAGAGUUGGAAUUCUCCCUCACCCCUGUUAGGAAUACAGGAAACUAUUUUCUACCAUGUUAGACCACUGGUCCAUCCAGCUAGUCAUUUUCUACACUGACUGGCAGCAGCCUCUCCAGGAUUUCAGGCAAAUGCUCUGUUACUGAGCUCUGGUCUUCCCCCUUAAAAUAAAGCAAUAUUCUAGUCCUCAAGGUACGGAGAAAAGGGUUGAUUUAAAUAGGAAGCUGACUUCUAGCAGGACCACGGGGGCAUCUAGCUAACCACAGGUAUUCAGGCAUUCAGGCAUCCCCAGCCCUCCCUGGGAUUGAAACUUCAACAUGCAAAACUGAUGCUCUGCCACUGAUUUAUGUCCCUUUCUAUUCUAGAAUAUUGACAUGGAAUUGGGAUCUAACACUUUCCAGGGUCGCUUUGGUAUUCAGAUUAAGCUCCCAGCGUGAUGCAGCUCUUGACGUCUUCCAUAUUUUAGCUCCCCUAUGACUCCCCCACAAGGCAUCCCCAAACUGAAAGCAAACCUUCCCUUCCCCAGUGUGAAAACAGGCGAGGCAGGAAAGGAGCAGCCUUUUCUCUCUUCAAGGAAACAGCUCCCCAGGGGCCCGUGUUUCCUUCUGAGUGCUCAGCCCAGCCAGUCCUGUGGGAGGUGGCCUCCCUCCCCGCCCCUUACCUGUGCUCAGGUGCUUCAGCUAUAAAUUCUUACCUGGAGGCGCUCGCUGGCAAUCCCUGAUCGCCCUGCUGCUCGGUUGACCUGCCUUGGGAGUUUACAAAAGCCCGUGUGCCUCGGACACCUGUCCACCCCACAUCCCCGGAUCCUCGCCAUGGAACGGAAUAUCCUGCAGACGGUCGCCCUGGCCUUGAUGCUCGUGGCAUUGUGCCCAGGUGAGCAGAUGGCAAAGUGGGUGGCCUGGAGCUUCGUGGGGGGGAGCGAAUGGGGAGGGAGAUCAGCCCCACAGAUAUUGUCGGGCAGGGGCAAAAACCUGUGGCAAAACUUGUGCUGGACUUUUGUCAGGCAAAGCGAUAACAAAGGGGUGUUGGGCACCUUUUGCAGGUGUGUCGAAAGGGAGAAUGGCAGACGGGUGUGGCUGGAGAAGGUGGAAGGAAGGAGAGUCGUUAUUCUAGGGAACGGUGUGCUCUUUCUUUGUGGAGGUGGGCUGGAUGUUGUGGGGGCCUCGAGGAUAAGACCUGAGGCUCCUUCAGGCUGGGGGGGGGGGCGGUGUUUCGGUGGAUGUAUCCUGCUACAUGUCAUUGCCGCAAUAAUAAUUCAUUAGCUGUGGAUUUAUACUGGGCUGUCCGGACAUCAUUCUGCUAAGUUGUUUUGCAAUGCUUGCCCCAGUGCUGGCAGCAAUGCUGGGUUACUUAGGGCACCAAUAAAUCAGAGGCACCUCAGAAAAGGAGGGAUUUUGGGAGGAAAGAAAUUGACAUUUGAAGAAGUCACCACAGGAAAAAUCAAGACUUCGUUAGACUUCUUUACAUUUCCUUCCCUCUCUUUUCUGCAUUUUUCUGCUCUCUUUUGAUUACUUAUUCCCCACAAAACUAGGGGGGUUUCCUACUACCAGCGACCGAAACACUGUGAGGAAAUCAGAUCGUAAAUCUGUGUUUUGUUUUGUGUUAUUUUACAGAUUUUAUUUUAUGGUUUAGCAUUGUAUUUUGAACCGCAUAUGGUGAGGGGGCACCGUAAUCAUUUCAGUGCUUGGGGCCUCUAAGUGUCUUCAUCCCUUCCUGGUUAACAUGGGAUUGCUGUCCAGAGGGGCCCUAGGCAGAAUCACAAAAUCCUAGAGUUGGAAGGGACCCCGAGGGUCAUCUAGUCCAACCCCCUGCGACGCAGGAAUCUCUUGCCCAAAGUGAGGCCAAAACCCAUGACCCUGAGAUGAAGAGCCUCAUAAAAGAGAGAGAGAGAGAUUAAGAGCCUCGUGCUCUACCAACUGAGCUAUUCCACCAAUAAAAUAAAUGCAGACGUUUGUGGUAUAAAAAGUUUCAGGAUUUCAGCAGGUGAAGUUACAGGAUGUGUACAAAUGGGGGAAUGAAGCAGUCUGUCUGCUCAGAAACUCUUCCAGGCGCAGCCAGGACUGGAAGUGGAAUGCCCUAUAACAGCCCUGUACCAACAUAAUCAUGAAAGUACAAUUUUUAAAAAAUGAGAUCUGGAGAGGGUCCAGUUUUGUAAGGAGAUCACUUUAAUCUCCAGCUCAUUUGUUAUCGUUCCUGAGCACAGGAAUGUAGAUGAAAGGCAAAAAGGAAAACAAAUCAGGGGCAUGGGAGAGUGGGCAGAGGCCUUUUGAAGUAUUGGCCUCUUUUCCAGGAAAACUGAUCCUACAAUAAAUCUGUUGGCCUUCAGGUGCCAAUGCUUUAAAGUGUCUCUUUGUUGCUUAGGUUAGGCUGGUUUUUUUACUCAUAUAUAUAUAUGGAGGCAUAAUUAGGGUUCCUUAAGGAAUUUGAUCUUAGGAAGCAGGUCUUUCUAGCGUGGUGUUGCCUACACAGGCUGGCAGCAGCUCUCCAGGUUUGUAGGCAGGAGAGAUUUCCAGCCCUACCUGAAGAUUAAAUAUGGGGUGUUCUGCAGGCAAAGCAUGUGCUCUGCCGCUGCCCUGGAGCCCUUCUUUUAAAUAUAAUAGUAAGAUUCUAGUCCUCAUGGUUUUGAACAAAUGGCUGCUUUUAAACAGGAACAUAUGAAGUUGCCUUGUACCAUCUAGCUCAGCAGUGCCUACACUGACUGGCAGCAGUUCUCCAGGGUUUCAGGCAGGAGAGAUUCCCAGCCAAUGCCGGGAACUUGGGUCCUUCUGCAUGCAAAGUAAAUACUCUGUUCCUGAGCUAUGGGUGCUUGCCAGCUCUAAUGCACAUCCCUAAGGCACAUGAGGAGCGGAACAUAGCGAUCCAUCAAGUUUCGCACUUCCCUGAAUGUGGGCAUGCAGGUUUCGGCUAAAAAGAGAGUCAUUUAAAAAUGCUAUUUGGAAAGAAAAUGUAUUUAGAAAUGUGGAAGUUGAGAUGGUUGUAGCCAAUGCUAAAUCCUAAUCAGAGUAAGCCCAUUAAAGUUAAUAAACAGGAAUGACUUAGGUUGGUUAAUUUAAACUUGUCUAGUGUGAGAAAAUUAGGGUUGCCAUGUGUCCUCUUUUUCCAGGACACGUCCCCUUUUUCAUGGGUAGAGUUGUCAUAGUGAUCCAUAGUUAAAAGUGGAAGUCAGCAAAUGUGUCUUCUUUUUUGCUCUUCAAAAUAUGGCAAGGCUAGGCGGAAGCUACUUGGAUGCAACCCAAUGUAUGUUUAAAAGAAAAACGCAUUUCAAACAUAUCUAAAUGUGGAUUUCCAUCCAUUUUUAAACACACACACACUGUAGAUUAAUGCAAAAGCAGGAGUGCAGGGAUGUCUAUGGGGACACCACCAGAGAAAGGGGAAGGAAGGGCUGUAAAUCAGACCGAUCCCAAGGCCAAACAGAUUUUCCUGCUGCAAUAAGGAAGAAGGCUUUUCAAUAAGGAGAACUGUCCUCCCUUUAGAGGAGGGGGAGAAACAAAUUCUGACUCAACCCAAACUGGGAGUGUGAUGCGAUUGUCAAUAACAAACCUUGUUAAGACAAACAAGCUUUCCUCUGGUACAGCACUCCUGGACGUGGAAGCUCUACCAGCUGGUUAUCUAUUAGAGCUGUAAUACUUCAACUAAGGAAAAAGCAAAGGCUGCUUUUUGUGGGGCUGUGGGGAGAUUUCCCCUUUCCUCAGAACCUCCCUAGAGCCCCCUACAAAUGUCCUUUUUUGUGCAUUCAUGAUGAUCACCAGGGCCGUUAUGCGUGCAGGGGCGCAGGAAGGGGGGCAGUGGGGGCGGUCCGCCCCGGGUGUCAUCAGUGAGGGGGGUGACAUUCAAUGUGCCGCCCGCCCGCGACUCCCAAGCCUACCUCAAGCAGUCGAGGGAGGGGGGAGCUGCGCCGCCUUGCCGGAGGCCUUACUGUUAUGUACUGAAGUUCUCACCCUGGGCCAGCAGGGGGAUACUGUAGAUAGUUAUGCAAAUGAAGGAUCAAAAGUGACGUUCAGUGAUUGGAUAGUUUUAGAAAGUUGCUACAGUUACGUUGUUCUGGAGCUCUAUAUAAGCAGGCUGACUGAGCUCUUCAGUUCAGUUCUGGCCUCUGAAUAAACAAGAGCUGUUUGAAGAAUCGCUGUGUCGUCUGAUAUGUUCUCCCACAACUUAACACUUCCCUCCUUUCCCCUUCGACAGCUCAGGGGAGGCUUGGGAGUCGCGGGCGGGUGGAACGUCGAAUGUCACCCCCCUCAGUGAUGACACCCGGGCUGCUUCCUGGGGCGGGGGAAGCCUCCCCUGAGCUGUCAAAAGGAAGAGGGAAGGGAGGAAGGCUGCUGGCAAAGCGGCACAGCUCCCUCCCCUCCCUGUCCAGGAAGCAGCCUGUCAUGGGCGGCUCGCUCCACCCCCCCAUGGGCAGCUCGCCCCCUGGGACGCUGGCCAUGGUGCCCCCCUGGGACGCUCGCCCUGUCGCCAUGUGCACAGCAUGUGUGACGCUUCGGGUGCCGGAGCAGCUAGCUCCGCCUCUUUAUGCGUGACCCUGUUUUCAGUCCUGUUUUUUAUGCCUGCAAAAGUUUCGGGGCAGACAUCGUCCUUCAUUUCCAAUCAGUGCAUGCCCCUUAAACUUCCUGCUGAAAGCCUGUCUCCUCGAUCGUUUUCCUCUCGGAGUGAUGCGGGAUGAAGAUUUUUUAAAACCCAAAAAAUCCUGCAUUCUUUGUGUGGGGGAGGAAGGGGGGAAUGACAAAGGUCCAGGAGGUUGAUUCAGACCGUGGGUUCAUCUAGCUCAGCCCUGUCAACACAACUGGCAGCCUCUCUCCAGGGCUUUAGACUGAGGGGUCUUGCAUACCUUCCAACAUUUCUAUGGUGAAAAUAGGGACACCCUAUUCAACAACACUCCUGCCAACCUAGCAGUUCGAAAGCACGUCAAAGUGCAAGUAAAUAAAUAGGUACCGCUCCGGCGGGAAGAUGAACGGCGUUUCCGUGCGCUGCUCUGGUUCGCCAUGCUGGCCACAUGACCCGGAAGCUGUACGCCGGCUCCCUUGGCCAGUAAAGCGAGAUGAGCGCCGCAAUCCCAGAGUCGGUCACGACUGGACCUAAUGGUUACCUUUUAUUCAACAACAAUGUGGGACCUUCUGCAUGCUAAGGCUAAGGAGGUGCUCUGUCACUAAGACACAGCCCAGUUCAAGCCCAGAUUGACAGGUUCUGGCCAUUUCCUGCCCUGACACUGCAAACAUGCAUGCCAGAAUCCCUCCCAAUCGAGCCAAUUCUGGGGUUUCCUGGCCCCCAAGCCACACUUCUGGCAGAUGCCCCACAUUUCAAGAGGGAUCAGGAGAGGCUGGCGAUGGUUUUCAGAAGACAGCACUAACUGCGGCAAUCUGAGGUUUGAUCCACCGUGGUCCCAGAGGUGUUGCUGCAAUGUGCUGUGCUGUGAGGGAAGGACUCUGGAAAGGAAAUUGCACAAUCCUUGGGUCAUUCUCGCUAUCAAGGGUAUGCCCAGGCCUCUGCCAGAGAGACCAAGCUGACUGCUCUGGACUGGUCUAAGGGUGUAGGUUCCAGAGGAGGCCAGCAAGCAGAAACUGCUUACAGUUCACACUGGAAUAGGUACAGUUUCGGUUUCCUAUCCAGUUCUCAUUUUUCCAAUCUUUUAUUUGAUUUGUUGUAUCUCUAGGCCACUUCUCAAUCCAGUGAAUCUCAAAGAGGUUCACAAGCAAUAAAUAGCAACAACAUAAUAAGACCUAACAGAACAUCACAAAUACAGCAUGAAUCAUAUAAAAUAAUGAACAAAUCAUCAAUCAAACCAGCACUAUUAUUCUAGAAAAAGAGGUGCCAGAACUCACCCUGAACACCUACCUCAUUCUCUUAGUUAGAACAGCAAUGGCGCCCACCUGAGAGGUGCCGGAACUGAGUUCCAGCAAGUUCCAGCUGGGGAAAAAAGGCUCGAAUAAAACAAUUUGAAUUUAUAAAACACUAUUAACAAAACAGCAACUAAAAAAUAAGCUAAACAUAAAAAUUAAAUUCAGUUCUCUACAUUCUUACAACAGUCUAUCUUAAAAAAAAUAAAAAUGUCCUGAUGAAAAUUCAUUAGCAUUUUAGUGCAAAUUUCUCCCAACUUACACUUUGCCUAAAGUACACAUUUUUGCAAAGCAAUUUGCUUAUCAUACAUUUUUCCGUUUAUUUGCACUAACAGAUGCAUUUUUAUGCAGACCUGAUCCUAGUACAUACACUUUUAUGCCUAUUACUUGCAUGGAGAUCUGCAAAACUUGAAGAACUGCAAAUUUCAAAAGACUCUGGGUUUCGGUUUGCCAAUUACUGUGGAAAGUGCAAAUUACAAAACUUCACUUUUGAAUGCAAACUGAAUUUGCAUUGCUUGGCCACCCCUUUAUGGGAGACACGGGGGGGGGGGGAUGCUUUUGGGUUAUGUUCCUCGAGAGUUGAUAGCUGAUAGCUAUAAUUAUCCUCCCACUACAGAAAUCUUAGUCUGUUCAUCAGCAGAACCUGAAGGCGAGAAUCGGGAAGAUGCUAAGUUUUACAACCUUUCCACCCCCCUGGGGGAGGGGGCACAGGGGAAGGGGAAUGCUGCCCCCCAGCCUCUCAGUAUGGUUAAGGGUUGGGGCCUGCUCAUCUGUAAAAGUAAGGCAGGUAUCUCUCCCCUUCCACGGAGCUAUGAAGGAGUUGGGGAGCUGCAGGUUAGUACAGGGGAGCUGCAGGUUAAGUACUUAAUUUGUUCCAGAGGUCCCUUCUUUACCUGAAACUGUUCUUAACCUGAAGCACCACUUUAGCUAAUGGGACCUCCCGCUGCCGCCGCGCUGCUGGAGCAUGUUUUCUGUUCUCAUCCUGAAGGAAAGUUCUUAAGCCGAGGUACUAUUUCUAGGUUAGCAGAGUCUGUAACCUGAAGUGUAUGUAACCUGAAGCGUACGUAACCCGAGGUACCACUGUACUGUAUGUUGGAAGCUGCCUAGAGUGACUGGGGCGACCCCAUAAGAUGUGUGGGGUAUAAAUAGUAAAAUUAUCAUUAUGAAAUGGGGCGUCCCUAUUUUCAUCGGGAAAAUGUUAGAGGGUAUGGAGUUGGAAGGGACCCUGAGGAUCAUCUAAUCCAGGGUUUGUCAACCUGGUCCCUACCGCGCACUAGUGGGCAUUUCAGGAUUCUAGGUGGGCAGUAGGGGGUUCUAUGGGCACAAGCUGAAUCCUCCUUCCAUCAAGCACUGGUGGCCGGUAAGGAAAUUUUACCAACAGAAAAGAUGCAUUAGUGGGUGGUAGGUAUAAAAAGGUUGACUACCCCUGAUCUAAUCCAAUUCCCUGCAAUGCAAAAAUACGCGGCUGUCCCUUCCAGGAAUCGAACCUGCAACCUUGCCGUUAUCAGCACCACGCUCUAACCAACUGAGCUAUGCAGCUGAUGCUGCUACAACUCCCAUCAUCCCCAGCUGCCAACAGGGGGGUUAUGGGAACUGGAGCCUGACACCUGGAGGGUAUCACCUUGACUGCCUUUGUGUUUUUACCACCAGUAAGAAACCUGUAGGGCCUCCAGUUUCCCAACUCCCAUCAUCCCUGACCACUGGCCAUGCUGCUUGGGUCUGAUGGGAGAUGGAUGGCGUCCCAACAGGUUCCCCACCACAGAAAUAGUGUAUCCUGGAAGAGAGUCAUGGAUGGCUCACCCAGGGAGUACUCUGCGCUGCAGCAUUUCAUUGCAGUGUCCAUUUUAGGAAGGUAUUCAUUAAAUUAGUAUUUUUUUUUAGGGACAGAACUAAAUAAAAAACAGAGAACAGUCCAAACCUGGACUGUUUAUUGUGUCUUCUAAAAACAAAGCCACCCCUGCCACUCCAAGGCCAUCUUCCUCCACUGCCAGAGGCAAUGUGCUUCUGAAUACCAGUUAGCUGGGAAUUGCAACUGCGGAGAGUUGCUGUUGCACUCUGGUCCUACUUGUGGGGUUCCCAUCUGGUUGGCCACCGUGAGAACAGGACACCAGACAAGAUGGUCUCUUUCUGCCUGAUCCAGCAGGGCUCUUCUUAAGUUCUUAAGGCCUGGCCAGGCAUGUUAAAAGAAGAAGGCUUUUUGGAGCAAAACCCAUGGGUUGAAUGCUCUUUGGAUAAAUGACGCCACUUCCAGACUCACAGCGGAUGAGGAAGCCUCCAGGAUGAUACUGGCCACACACGCCUGUUUUUGUGCAUGCCAUCUGCCAGUCUCCUACUAAAGCAAGCACAGGGCAGAGAUCAAUAAAGAGAUGCCACUCUUCCUUGCCUAUGUCGUAUCUCCCUGCCCUUGAACUCUCUUACAGUUUGGACUGGACGUGGCUGCACAUGGUCACUCGUUGCCUAGUAUUUUAAGUUUCCCUGCACCUAUCAAAGAGGCAGCUGGCCUGGUGACUAUACACAGCUGGUAUUUUCCUCAGGAUUUUUGGAAGCAGUCCAACGUUAGAAAGAUAGACUGAUUACCCAAAACCGUUCUUUUGAAUGUGCUAUCCUUAUAUUACUCCAUCUAGCCAAGUGGAACCUGUGGCACUCCAGAAUGUCUACAACCUCCCACCAUCCCUGACCAUUGGCCAUGCUGGCUGCAGGGGCUGAUGGGAGUUGGAGUAUAACAAUGUCCAGGCUCCCUAUCCCUGUUUUACACCUAAGUGCAUUUCAUGUGUGAUCCCUGAUAGGUUGGAACAUGUAUCUAUGACAGGGGUCCUCAAACUACGGCCAGCGGGCUGGAUCUGGUCCGCUGGGGUUCUACACCCGGCCUGCCAGGCAAUUGCUGCCGCCUGGCAUCUUUGGGUGCAAGGGGCAGGGAGGCAGGCUCCCCCUAGGCCCAGGGAAAAACCUUGCUGCUGCCGCCAUCGCCUCAUGGGCCAGGCCAGUGAUCCCUCCGCCCGCCCGCUGUCUCUCACCACCACAUGCUCGCUCUCCCCUCACAGGCCUUGGCCGGCUCCACCUCGGCCCACAAACGCCACCCCUUCUUGCGAGACCUGCGAGGCCUAGUCGCCUCCCCUUGCCAGGAACCCCAACAGAGGGAGAAGGGUGCCCGUGGUUGCGCGUUUCCAUCCUCCUCCUGGCAGCCGGGGGCGAUUUCUAGGGGAUCCUUUUUCCAGCCCGGCUGGAAGGAGGCGGGUGGCCUGGGAUGACGCCCCGUAGCUCCCUGCCUCCUCUAGCUGGGCAGGGCUGGAUCAUCCAGUACAGAAGGUCCCUUUUUCCCCUCCCGCAGCCCUGGUGGUGGUGUUUUUUUCCAAGAAUGUGCAGAAUCGCGCUGUGUCCAACCCAGCCAGCAGACGCACGUACCCGUGCACACACUGGCUCCGUUCAGGCCAGCAGCCAGGAAAGGGAGCAGCCCCACCGUGGGCCUGGCUGGCACCCCUUGGCCAGCCCGUCCCCGCCCCUGGAAGUGGCAUUUCCGCAGGGGCCUGGAAGGCAGAAGGAGAGAAAGGGAUUUGAGAUGGGUGGCUAUGCAGGUUAGAGGAGGGAAGAAUGCGCGCACCUUUGGCGCCUGCGAGAUUUUGCGCUUUAGGGAGCAUUCACACGUGCACCUAUGAUUGCGCUCGCGGGCCAAGGGAACGCGUUUGGCUCCUGCCGGCCUCCACUCAAUGCUCACACGGGGCUUUGCGGGCUCUCUUGCCUCAGGCAGGUCUGUGGGAAGCCUGUGGUCCCCUCAGGCUGUUUGUGGACUACAACUCCCAUCAGCCCCCGCCAGCACAACCUGGUAGCAGUGAAUGAUGGGAGAUGGAGUCCAUGAACAGCCCGAGGGCUGUUGGUUUGGCUUCCCAGGGGUAGGGGCCGGGAUGCUGAAGGGAGGCUUUGUCUGCUGGUUGGAUUUUGGGUUCUAGCUAGGCAUGUCUAGCUGGUGGAUUGUCGUUUUUGGGAAGGGUUCAGUAUGGCCUGUUUUAGCUUUUCGCAGAAAACAAGCAGAAGUGGGGCCUUCUCAGAGGAAGACAGCACUAAAGGAAAAAGGAGAGGGAGGAGGUAGAAAAGCAAACGUAUUUCUUCAUGACUGAGUUCUUGUAAUGAGCAGGUGGAACGAGCCAAUAGCUGCUUGCAUCACUUGCUAUGACUAGCAGUGACAAAUAUUGACCAUCUCAUUAGCCAAAAGCAGGCCCAUACUUCCCACUGAAAUACUUAUAAGUUUAUGUUGAUUAAAAUCGUUCUUCAUUUUAAAUAUUGCAUUGUUUUCCCUGUUUUUUGCUCACCACAAAUAAAAUAUGUGCAGUGUGCAUAGGAAUUCUUUCAUAUUUCUUUCAAACUAUAGUCCUGCCCCCAACAGUGUCUAAAGGACAGUGAACCGGCCCCCUGUUUAAAAAGUUUGAGGACCCCUGGUCUAGGAGAUGGGUAGGGAUAACAGGCAGGCCUCUUCACCAGCCACAAAUCCCUCAGGUGUUUCCCCAAAGUAGGUUAUUAAUGAGAUUUUUUGCUAUCUUCUCAUUGACCUCAAAAGUCACGCCAGGCACCGAUUCAGCAAAUGAUUCCUCCCCAACAACAACCACCUUACAGCAAACCACGGAAAGCUCCACAACAACUUCCACAUCUGAAACCUCACCAACAACAUCCUCCACAGAAUCCUCCCCAACAACAAACACCCCUGAGGGAACCACGGAAUCCCCUAAGACGGAAACCUCCACCGCCUCCAUGGAGGGAUCCUCAGAAGAAACGUCAAGGUCCACAGCAAUUCCCACACCUGGAACCCCACCAAUGACAUCCCCUACAGAAUCCUCUCCAAUAACAACCACCCUUGAGGGAACCACGAAUUCCCAUGAGACAGAAACCUCCACCACCUCUACAGAAGGAUUGAGUGAAAUCUCCACAUCCACAGAAGAAACGACAAGGUCCACAACCAUUUCCCCAAGCGGAACCCCACCAAUAACAUCCCCUACAGAAUCCUCCCCAAUAACAACCACCUUUGAGGGAACCACGAAAUCCCAUGAGACAGAAACCUCCACCACCUCUACAGAAGGAUUGAGUGAAAUCUCCACAUCCACAGAAGAAACGACAAGGUCCACAACCAUUUCCCCAAGCGGAACCCCACCAAUAACAUCCCCUACAGAAUCCUCCCCAAUAACAACCACCUUUGAGGGAACCACGAAAUCCCAUGAGACAGAAACCUCCACCACCUCUACAGAAGGAUUGAGUGAAAUCUCCACAUCCACAGAAGAAACGACAAGGUCCACAACCAUUUCCCCAAGCGGAACCCCACCAAUAACAUCCCCUACAGAAUCCUCCCCAAUAACAACCACCUUUGAGGGAACCACGAAAUCCCAUGAGACGGAAACCUCCACCGCCUCUACAGAGGGACCCGGGGAACAUUCCACAUCCUCAGGAGAAAACGAACGCUCCACAGCAACUUCCCCACCUGGGACCACCCCAACAGCAGCCCCGACUGAGCCCCCUUUGACGAAUUUCAGUAUCACCUUCCACAUCGCAAUGGAUUUUACUAAGGACUUGUCGAAUCCGUCCUCCGAAGCAUACCGCAACCUGACUUGGACAAUCGGGAAGAUGGUAAGCUCUGUGGCCUUUCCACCCCCCUGGGGGAGGGGGCACAGGGGAGGGGGAAUGCUGCCCCCCAGCCUCUCAGUCCGGUGGUGGGGUGGGGCCUGCUCAUCUGUGAAGAGUAAGGCAGGUAUCUCUCCCCUUCCAUGGAGCUAUGAAGGAGUGGGGGAGCUGCAGCCAAGGCCCCUCUAGACCUUGGCUUAAUGGUGAUUGUAAACCCCUUUCCGUGCGCGUUCUCCUCUAGCUAUGGCUGCCCCACACUUUUCCCUCUGUGACUCUGUAUCACAGGGGAGGGCAGAACCAGUCAAGGAUUGGGCCCUAGAAACUGAGUUUAUCUCCUAAUACAAAAUGCAUACCUCCCCUUUCUUCCACAGUAUGAUGACAUUUACAACUGCUCUACGUGCCCUGCUAAAUAUGGGACAUAUCUUGGAUUCACUGUGAACCAAUUCAGGUAUGGAAGGGGGAUUAAAUGAGGGCUGGUGAAAAGUGUCAUGUUGGGUUUUCUGGUUCUCACAAAAACAAGAGCAGCUUAACUGCACCCAACUGCUCCCAAACCUAUGUUGACUGCAAGGGUCUCAUUCAGAACAGCUUGUCCUCUUUCCGUAGUGCUGCAAAAUACAGCUCUUGCUGCUGAAAGCUUAAGAAAUACCUUCACCAUGCUCUUCAAUAUCCUUUAGUGUUGCCCAAUUACCUGUAAAGUACUUCACAGCCACAUGGAAACAUGAAAGCAAGCUGCCAGGGCUAGGCUGGUAGCUCUGUUCAUUGAAUGCAAGAGCAGUAAAGGGGUCCCAAUGCCAACCAAGUGUAAACUGUUUAAUUAUUAUAUUUAAUUUUACUGUUUACUAUUAGAUUUGAAUGAAUUGUUGAAUAUUGCUUUAUUUGAUAUAAGUUGUUUAUUCUAAAGUUAUUUUGAGUUUUAGUGUUGGAUCAGAUUGUUAUUAUUGAUGUUUGGUGUUUUAUUAUUAUUUUUAUAUGUGUUGGAAGUCACCAAAUUGGGAUGUGCACUUCUGCACAUGAAUCCCAACCGCACGCUGUUCAAAUCCACAUCUUCCAUUUAAAGUGUUACAGGUCCUGAGAGCUGUUUGGAAGUCCCUUUUCUCCUCCCAGAGCUACAAUUCCCAGAUUUCCUUGGGGAGAGGGAUUGGUUGUUAAACCACUCUGGAAAUUUUAGCUCUGGGAAGGAAACAGGAGCCGCCUAACAAUUCUUGGCACCCUUAAGAACCUGCAACUCCCAGGAUUCUUUGGGGGAAUCUACGUCUCUUCUGUGUAGUAUAAGUUUGCUGUAAAUGGAUGAUGUGGAGAGAUGACAGAUGAUAGAUAGAUAGAUACAUAGAUAGAUAGAUAGAUAGAUAGAUGAUAGAUAAGUUGUGUACCUUCCUCCUGGGAUUACAGGGUGGUUUAGAAUAUAAAACCACAAAAAUACAUAACAUACUAACAAACAAAAGCAAUAGAAAAAUUGAAAAGGCGAGAUAGAUGGUUUAAUUAACCAAAGGCCCAAGAUAAGGGGCAUAUUGUUGCCUGGCGCUUAAAUAUAUGUAAUGAAGGUGCCAGGUGAACCUCCUUGGAGAAAACAUCCCACGAGCCUACUGAACCUCUCACAGAGGAAGGGCCUCAGAUGAUGAUCGAAGGGUCCAGGUUGGUUACUAUGGGAAGAGUCAAUCCUUGAGAUACUGUGGUCUUGAGCCAUUCUGUAUAUAAGACACAAAGACCUGUUGUGUCUUUAUUUUCUUACAUUAAUCAUGCUUCUUAAUAUACAAACAUGCCAUGGAAUAAUUUCAGCUCAAAAUUCAUUGGAUAUGGCAUCUGUGUACACCCACUUGUACAUAAUUUGGUCUGAAACAUACAGUUUCUCCACUCACUUUUGAACGGUCACAUUUCAAAUCCAACAUUUCCACUUUCAAUAUGAAUUCUCUGCACCACCACCACCGGUACAAAUCAUAGUGAUGCGAGGGAACUGGAAAGUCACCUAGUGCAACCCCAUGCCAAUGUGCAGUAAAUCCACGGCCACAGCAUUGUUGAUAGGUGGCACACUCCACAAUAACCCUAACAAAGAGGAGUGAAACCGUUUCUGAAUCAGGGUUGUUUCUUUCGGGCCAGGGACUGAAGGCGUAUUUCCACAAACCGUUGUACAACAUUGAAGUGCCUUGGCGUGCUCAACACAGCCAAGCACUACAUUCAAGGGCCAGAAUGCAGAAUGCUCAGUGGCAGAGCAUCUGCUUGGCAUGCAGAGGGUCCAAGGUUCAACCCCCAGCUUCUCCAGGUAAGGCUGGGAAAGACCCCCGGUCUAAAACCCUGGAGAGCUGCUUCCAGUCAGUGCAGAUGAUACUGAACUGGGUGGACCAAUGGUGCAGCUCACCAUAUAGCAACUUCGUGUUUUCUUCUGUUUCCUCUGUUUCCUCUUCGUGUUCCUCCACUGCAGGGGGAAGGAAUAAAAGGCCCUUGAGGUCCCCUCCACCUCUACAAUUCUGGUUUCAUGCCAUGAUAUGCUCAGGCAGAAAACAAUCCUCUCUGGCCGCGUUCCCUGGCAAAGCCAGAGAUUUAAACUGAGGACCUUCUGCAUUCAAAGCAGUUGCUCAUCUGCUGAGUGAUGGGAAUGUGGGGCUGUGAAGCUGCAGUUCCAGAUCCGCCAACGCUUCUCUUUUCCCUUUCUAACGUACAGAAACGGCUCAGUGGUGGCAGAUACAACGCUACGCUUCGAGAAAAGUGCAGAUGUUUCCACCGAAGUGAUCAGAACUGCUCUGAGCGAGGCACCUGAAGACAAACGGCAGGGUCUCAACCUGACUCAGAUCGAAGGUGAAGGGCUGAAGGAUGAACAGUGGGGGGCUAUAUACCACAGCAAAGCAUCCCUCGGGCUGGGUCUGCGACACAAGACUCAGAGCCCCUCGUGCAGUUCAAGACACAGAAUUCCCUUCCUGGAAGUCUAGGCAGGUUUCCUGCCCUCAGUGCUGAAACUGGGAUGAUUUCUGUAGAUUAAUAUGCACACCGCAGAUUGCAUUAUGCAAAACAAGAGCAUGAUGCUCAGGCAGGAAACACACCAAAUAUUUAAGGCCUUUUGGUUGGACACCAAAGUAGCACUCAACCUCUCCAUCUAUUGGCACAAGGAUUUCUCCCUGCACAGGGGGACGCUCUCCUCUCACCUCACCCCUCUUCCUGAAACUGUUCUGGGGGUUCCUUCCAGCCCUCUGGAGCAGAUCUGGAGAGGGCACAGGGUUCACUUGGGCAGGGAGGGAGGAGAGGGGGAAAUGUCCCAUUGAGCAAGCAGCAAGCCUUGCGAGGACAGGACGCAACAGCUGCAUGCCGCCCGUUUCAGCUUGCCCCCAAGUAUCCUGGGAAUAGGGCUUGAGCACUCACAGAGCCAUGAUUCCCUGCAUCCUUAGCAAACCGAUUCCCAGGAUUCCUGCAGAUAUCCCAUGCAUUUAAACAUAUGGUGGGUACAGAGCAUGAGGGAUGUAGUGAGGUUGCAGAAUCCAACUUAUUUUACCACAGAUGAUCUUCCCAGUGAGCUAUGGGUCUUCCCUACAGAUUUCCCAUUCCUCCCCAAAGGGAGAGGAGUAAAUGGACAUGGAGGGGACUCCCACCGGAAACACCCGUUCCUACCUACACAUUCCUACCAUUGCGGGGUGAUGGUGGGCUGGAACGCUUGACUGUGGAGGCAGCUUCCGGGUCUCCUUCCGGGGGCUCCUCCUGCUCCAGCUGGGGGGCCCCUCUCGCCCCACUGACCUGCUUCCUGCUCAGGUGGUGCCCAUAGAAAGAGCAGAAAGAGAUGCUCAAACUUCAACAACCCCCGCAGGUGACUAUAUAUGGGGAUGGAGAUCAAUGGAACUGAAAAGGGCUGGGAGUGGGACAAAUGCAAAGAAGGGGGCUUCCCGUAAUCCUGAAAGUAAGACUCCACCCCAAGCUUGAGCACCUCUAGGCACAAUCCCUGAGCAGGACAGCAGGCCUGCCUCUUCUUCCUCCGCCACAAAUCUUUUCCUUCAGGGAGGGGUCCUAAUGAGAUUGUUUCCUUUCACCUCAGUGACCAAGCAGGAGAUGCCAACGCCGCCUUCUCCCACCACGACUAGCACCAGCUCAAAGACACCCACACCUAAGCCCCCCACAGAGAAAACGUUCACCAUCACUUACCACAUCACAAUGAAUUAUACUGAGGACUUGUCGAAUCUGUCCUCCAAAGCGUACCAGAACCUGACUGCGAAAAUCAAGAAGAUGGUAAGUUCUGGGGCCUUUCCACCCCCCUGGGGGAGGAGGCGCAGGGGAGGGAAAUGCUGCCCCCCAGCCUCUCAGUCCGGGGGUGGGGUGGGGCCCGCUCAUCUGUAAAGAAUGGGGCAGAUAUCUCUGUGCCACUGCAGAGCUAUGGGGCUUCCAGGUUUGUGACGCACUUUCCUGGGGAUUGUCAGCCCCUAUAUGCAGUCUUCAAUUCUCCCUCGUCUCUGCUGCCCCACACGUUCUCCUCUGUGCCUCUCUUUUCCUGUGGGGUGGGGCGAAGAGAAAGUGAGAAGGGCUGACUUCAUCUCAGCCAUGUCACAAGCCUCAGAAAAAGAGUUAAUAGCAUAAUACAACCUUCGUACUACCCUUUUCUUUCCGCAGUAUGUGGAUGUUUUCAACUGCACAGGAUGCCCUGCUGAAGGGAAAUAUAUAGGAUACAAGGUGAAUUCUUUCAGGUACGGAAGGGGGAUUAUAUCAGGGCACCAACCUUAGCUUGGUGGGUCGUGGGUCCAGCUGAGUAUAGGGCAGCUUCCUGUGUCUCUCUGUGUUUCUGCUAAGCAUGUAGAUGUCUCCACUGCAGGGGGGUGGAAUAGAUGGCCCUUGAGGUCCCCUCCAACUCUACAAUUCUGGUUUCAUGCCAUGAUAUGCUCAGGCAGAAAACAAUCCUCUCUGGCCGUGUUCCCUGGCAAAGCCAGAGAUUUAAACCAAGGACCUUCUGCAUGCAAAGCAGCUGCUCUUCUGCUGAGUGAUGGGAGUGUGGGGUGUCAAGCUGCAUUUCCAGAUCCGCCAGCGCUUCUCUUUUCCCUUUCUAACGUACAGAAAUGGCUCAGUGGUGGCAGAUACAACCGUACGCUUCCAGGAUAGUGCAGAUGUUUCCGCCGAUAAGCUCCACACUGCUCUGAGCGAGGCACCUGAAGACAAACGGCAGGGUCUCAACCUGACUCAGAUCGAAGGUGAAGGGCUGAAGGAUGAACAGGGGGGGGGCUGGGUACUACAGCAAAGCAUCCCUCGGGCUGGGUCUGCGACACAAGACUCAGAGCCCCUGGUGCAGUUCGAGACACAGAAUUCCCUUCCUGGAAGUCUAGGCAGGUUUCUAGCACUCAGUGUUGCUUCUACAGAUUAGUAUGCUCAUUGCAAAUUGCAUUAUGCAAAACAAUGGCAUGAUUUUCAAAGCAGAGAAUGCACCAUACAUUUCAAGGCCCUUGGGUGGACUGCAGCGUAGCGCUAGAUUUCUUCCUCCAUCAGCAUGAGGAUUUCUCUUUGUGCAGGGGGACGCUCUCCUCUCCCCACACCCCUCCUGAAACUGUUCUGGGGUUCCCAUGGCCUUCUGGAGCAGAUCUGGAGGGAGCACAGGGUUCACUUUGGGAGGUGGGAGGAGAGCGAGGACUUUCUCAUUCACAGGCAAAAAUCCUUGUUAAUGGUUAAACACCAAACAUUUAAGCAAACCUCGCCCCUGGAUCCUGGGAACUGUACUUUACCACAGGGAGCUACAAUUCCCAGCACCUUUAGAAAAGUACAAUUCCCAUAAUCCUUCAGGGUAUUCCAUUCAGACAGGGGUCUCUCCCAGCCUUACCUGAAGAUGCCAGGGACUGAACUUGGAACCAUCUGCAUGCAACGCAGAUGAGCCAUGGAUCUUCCCCACAAAUUUUCCAUUCCUCCCAAAAUGGUCAUGGAGGAGACUCCCAUUUGAGACGCCCAUUCAUACCCAUUCCUGCAGGUUUAAGGUUGCUUCACUGGGCUUCUCCAGAGGCUGAUCCUGCCGCAGCUGGGGAGGGCACCUCUCCCCCCACGGAUCUGCAGUGUCCAAAGAAAUAGCAGAAAGGGACAAUAAAACAGGGGGUGGGACAUCAACAACACCCUCAGAUAGCUAGGAGGACAGAGAUCAACAAACUGCUCUUGAAUGAAAUGGAAAAUGGCUGAUGGUGAAAUGCAGUGAAGGGGGCUUUCGGUUACAAAGGCGUAUGGAAUCCUGAAAAUUGAAUCAAAUCUUGCCCACCUCUAGUACCAAUCCCCGAAGAGGACCACAGGCAUGUCUCUUUUUCAUCAGCCACAAAUCGCUCAGGUGUUUCCCUAAAGUGGGUUAUUAAUGGGAUUCUUUGCUAUCUUCCAGUGACCUCAGACGCCACGGAACCCCCCAACCCCCCGCCCUCAACAGCAACUUCCCCCCCGGCAACCACCCGAACAACAACCUCGACUACAACCACCCCAACCACUCACCCAGAGACUGUCCCAGGCUGGGGCAUUGCUCUCCUCGUCUUAGUUUGCAUCCUUCUUCUCCUGGCGCUCAUCGCCUUCCUGAUCCUGGUAAGUCUCUCGGCCUUCUUUCUCAAAAUCAAGCUGGUGGAGGUGCAGACCCACUGGGCCCAAAACAACAGCUCCGCCACCAGCUACAUCAACCCGCCAGGCGGCUGGAGACUCAGGGGGCUGGCUCUAUUUAGACUCAGAGCCAGAGGUGCAAGACUAGUGGGUGUGGUUGGGGCAGAGCCAAUGGACCACCUGGCAGACAUAGGGAACAUAAGAAAGAACCUGCAGGAUCAGGCCUCGUGUCUAUCUAGCUUAGCAGCCUAUUACUCAGUAGUGAAUCAGACGUGCCUGGCGAUUUCUAGUCCUCAUUGCCAUAACCAGAAUAAAGGUAAAGGGACCCCUGACCAUUAGGUCCAGUCGUGACCGACUCUGGGGUUGCGGCACUCAUCUCGCUUUAUUGGCCAAGGGAGCCAGCAUACAGGUUCCAGGUCAUGUGGCCAGCAUGACUAAGCCGCUUCUGGCGAACCAGAGCAGCGCAUGGAAAUGCCGUUUACCUUCCCGCCGGAGCGGUACCUAUUUAUUUACUUGCACUUUGACGUGCUUUUGAACUGCUAGGUUGGCAGGAGCAGGGACCGAGCAACGGGAGCUCACCCCGUUGCGGGGAUUCGAACUGCCGACCUUCUGAUCAGCAAGUCCUAGGCCCUGUGGUUUAACCCACAGUGCCACCCGCGUCCCUAUAACCAGAAUAUUCUGGUAUAUAGUAUAUAAUAUAUAUAUAUAACCAGAAUAUUCUGGUAUAUAACCAGAAUAAAUGAGGCAAAUUAGUGUGCACGUUGCAGAUUCCAUUGCACAGAACAACAGGGUGAUUGCCAGGCUGCGUAUGCACCAUAGUGCAUUGGGUAAAAUGAAACAUAGAGCUAAAUCUCUUGUCCCAUCAACCCUCCUGUCUUCCUUGCAACCCCAGUAUAUGCCCUUUGGAGGUACUGCCACGGAGCAUGGUAGUGCUAUUGAGCUGCUAUGGCUAAAGAGCCUUAAGAAGAGCCUUGCUGGAUCAGGCCACAAAGACCCAUUUAUUCCAGCCCCCUGUUUUCCACUACAGCAGCCAAGCGCCUGCCUCCAAAAAACUCACAAACAGGGCAACAAUAGCAGCAGUUGUUACUCUUUCCCAACUGGCAUUCAGAGGUAGAGUGCCUCUGAAGCUGGAGGCUUCCUCUAGCUACCCUAGCUAAUACCCUUUGAUUGCUAAUAGCUCUUUGGCCCCACCUACUAGCGGCAUGUCGCCUUCAGAAGGUUGCCCAGAAGGGAAUGCAGCCCGCUGAUGAAAAUAGGCUCCCCAUUUCUGUCAUACGUUGUUACUCAGAAGUAGAACUUGGAGUCCUAGCACUGUAGAGUUGGAAGGGACCCAAUGGGUCAUCUAGUCCAACCCCCUGCUCUCACAGCUCUCUCUCACCUUCCCAAUCCAUCUCUCCCAGCAACAUGACCUUUCCUUACACUUACUCUUCUUCACUCCCUUCCAGAUCAUCUACUGGUGUCGACGGAAUCACCGAGGGAAACUUGAUUUGCUCAGCAACCAAGACUCCUACCACGUCAUGAGUGAGUACCCGACGUACCACACACACGGGCGAUACGUUGCCCCCGGAAGCAAGCCUAACCCAUACAGCGAGGUGAGCAAGAGUCACUCACCCAACCCCAAUCCUGGGGUGCUCUUUAGUGACAAAGGACAUAGUACAUAGGAAUGUUAGAAGCUGCCAUGCCCCCGAAUAAGCCCAUUGGUCCAUCUAGCCUAAUAUUGUCUUCACUGACUGGCAGGGGCUCUCCAUGAUUUCAGACAGGGGGGCCGGAGAUGCUCUCACCUGAGCUAUGGCCUUUCCCCUUAAGAGAAAGAUUCUAGUUUCUGAAUGAAGGGCUGAUUAAAACAGGAUGCUGCUUUAUACAGACUCAGAUCGUUGGUCCAUCUAGCUAAGUGUUGUUUGCACUGACUGGCAGCCCUACCUAGAGAUGCAGGGAAUUGAACCUGGGACCUUCUACAUGCAAAGCAGAUGCUCUACCCCUGAGCUACAUCUCUUCCCUCAGAAAGAAAGGCCUCAUGAUUCUAAACACAGGCCUGAGACCAUAGCUCAGUCGGUAUAACAUGAGCCCCUUAACCUGAAGUUCAUGGGUUCGAGCCCCAUGUUGGUUGAAAGAUUUCUGCAUUGCAGGGGGUUGGACUAGAUGACCCUCGUGGUCCCUUCCAAUUCUACAAUUCUAUGAUUCUAUGAAACAGGAAUGGAGGAAGCUGCCUUAUACAGAGUCAGGCCCUUGGUCAAUCGAGCUCAGUUUCUGUUUCCAUUCCUAGUGCCUCCCCUACCUAUACCUUUCUAAUCUAAUUCCUCUCCUCCCCCCCCCAAAAAAGAAGCCCCAUAGAAACAGUUAAUGGUUUCAUGCAGGCAGGCAUGAAUUUGCCACAUGGCACCUACUUGUCACCAGUGUUAUUUAUGUGGGGCUCUGGGGAGGUGCGCCUGGUAGCUUUCAGGAACAAUUUAAAAGCAUUCCUGUUCAUCCAGGCAUUUGAUGGCUGAAAGACAUUGUUCCUGGCAACCCUGGGUUCACUGUCUGAGGGACUGUUUUUAAAUGCUGUUAGAAAGUUUUAACUGUUUUUAGAAUUAUUAUUAAUAAUAUUAUGCUGUACAUCUGACUGGGCUACCCCAGCAACUCUGGGCAGCGUCCGACAUAUUAAAAUACAUCAAACAUUAAAAACUUGCCUGUACAGGGUUGCCUUCAGAUGUCUUCAGAAUGGUGUGUGUAUUAUUAUUAUUAUUAUUAUUAUUAUUAUUAUUAGUGUUUUUCUCACCCUGGGCACCUUCAGGAGGAAGGGCGAGAUAUAAAUUGAAAUAAUAAUAUUUUUAAAAAACCACCCACAUUGACAUUAGAGGGACUCCAGGAGCUUAAAAUCUGAAAAAUUGGACAGAAGUAGGUAAACAAACGUAGACUUCCAGUCAGGCCCUAAGAAUUGGAGGGGUUGGGGCCUAAUGGGAACUAUCCCAAGCCCCACCAUGUUUGCAGGCGAGAUGGGGCCGCAAGUCAGUUGUUUGCCUCUGAUUAUCCCUGCCUGUCCUACCCAUUUCCCUACCCUGUAUUACUCCCCCAUGUCAGCCUUUACUUUGCAAUCCCCUUGCGGGCAGAGACCCUGCUCGCUGAGCGACGUCAAGGGGUUUUCCCUGCAGCCAACACCUCUGCCAGUCAUGAUGGAGGACACCCAGAAGCCCCUGCCUCUCAUCCUUCAUGACACAACUGUUUCACCGCUGCCCUCGAACCCCAGAGCGAGUCUCCCUGCCCUCCACCUCUGCCCCUGAGUUAAUCUUUAAUGGGGCAGCUGGUGCGAAAGGCCGCAGCUGUGGUCACCGUGGCAACGGCCAACGGCUGCUUCGGCCAAGGCUUCGGCCUAGCGCACCCGAGGCAGCCUUCGACCUGUUGCCAUGGAAACCGUUUUCCUUCCUCCAAGGCUGAGGCCUGGGGAACUUCCACAGAUAACACCCACCCACCCUGCUUCCUGACAGGCCGCUGACCCUUGAGAAUGGUCAGCGUGACCGUCAUGGCUGGGUAGGCCAUGUUGCCAAGGCGACCUGUGCCAACCGACCCCAGCAGGGCCUCCCGGGCGUUAGGUGGCUCUCAGGAAGGGGUGGGUGCCAUUGCGCAUGUUGCAGGGAGAGGCCUACUAAAGUCACCUCGGCCAUGCAGCGUGCCCCGCUCGCUCCCCACAGAGCCGGGUGCAUCUGUCCUGUUCCCUACGCGGCUCUGCUGAGCAAACAUGGAGACGUUGAGCAAAUAUUUAGCUCGGCACCCUGGGACUGUUUGCAAAUCUAGGAGGAGGGGAGAGAGAAAGAGGGAGCAGCGUCAAGCCUGGCACCGCAGGUCCCUGGAAUGGCUUCACCCUCCUCCCUCCCGCCCUGUCCCCUUGCUGCAAAUGAAUACAGCGGGCAUCGUGGUGCUGGUCCCAGGCUAGGACUGAGCCCCUUUGCCCUUGGUGUGGUUGCCUGGGGAUACGUGGCCAGCACCUCAGCUGGCCUGCCCGCUCCCCACCCUCGUGACUGGGCAGUGUUUACACACGACAUUGAGCUGCUUGUGAUGUUUCUGGCUGCCUUCCAAGGCUCUUUCCUCAGCAGCUGGCUGCUGCUCCCAGCGUUUUUAACCCCUCUGGGAAAGCGACAUUCAGUGGGGUCGAUCUGGGCCCCCCGGAUGUUGGGGCAAUUGCAUGCGCACGGCCCUUUAGGUCAGCUUGCUCCACCUUGGCUUUUUCCUUAUCGGAAGGGGAUAAGCAAGGCGCUAGCCCUCAGUGUUCCACAGGGAAAGGUGGAAAUGCACCUGAGCCCUUUGCUUCUCUCCGUUUCCUCAGCAGUAAAACAGGGGAAGUGAAGGACGUGGAAGGCUGUAUCCAGUGUCUGUGCUACUCAGAGCAAACCCAUUGCAAUGGAUGGCGGUGGCAAACAUAGCUCCCCAACAGGUCAACUCUAAGGAGAACUUCGGCCACAACCUUAAGCACUAUAGUAGCACUUUAAAUAGUCAUGGCUUCCCCCUCAAAAAAUAAUUAUAGGAGCUGUAGUUUGGGGAGCUAAGAGUUGUUAGGACACCCUCAAUUUGUCUUCUAGAGUGACAAUUUCCAGAGUUUCCUGGGAUUGACUGUUAAACCACUCUAUCGAUGGCUAUAUUCUACCUCCGCUGUUGGAGGCAGAGCUGCUGAUGUGCUCAGGUCCCGCUAUUAUUAUUAUUAUUAUUAUUAUUAUUAUUAUUAUUUAUACCCCGCCCUCCCCAGCCAAGACCAGGCUCAGGGCGGCUAACACCAAAUACCAAAACAAUUGAUUAGAAUACAGCUUAAAAAACAACAUUAAAAUACAACAUUAAAACAUUAAAAUGCAGCCUCAUUUCAGUGGAUCUCAAUCAAAAACCUUUUGGGGGAUAAAAACAUCAAGUCUUCACCAAGGCUAACUAUCCAGACUGGUCCUACGUGGGCCAGAAAAAAGCCAGGGAAGUCCCCAAAUAGGAGUUCCAACUCAGAAGGAGAAAGGAAAAAAGAAAGAGGGAGAGGGAAUCAAAUUGAUUCCAAGCCAAAGGCCAGGCGGAACAACUCUGUCUUACAGGCCCUGCGGAAAGAAAUCAGAUCCUGCAGGGCCCUGGUCUCAUGAGACAGAGCGUUCCACCAAGCUGGGGCCAGUGUUGAAAAGGCCCUGCCUCUGGUUGAAUCUAAUCUGACUUCCUUAGGGCCCAGGACCACUAGAGUGUUGCUAUUUAUGGACCUUAAGGUCCUCCGUGGAGCAUAUCAGUCUUCCUAUGGCGGCAUCUGCUUGGCCACUGUGAGGACAGGGCCACUGGUCAGAUCUUGGAGGCCCCUUCUGAUGCUCUUAUGGGUUACAGUGAGGGAAGGGUCUCAGGUCCAUGCCCUCCCAGUGGACUUCCUUUUCUGAUGGACCACUGUGGGGAAAAGGAUGCUGGGUUAAAUCGGCCUUUGGCCAAUCAGACCAUCCUGUGAAGCUCAUGGCCCACAGCUGGGACCCCCCCCCCCGAUGCUGCUGAACUACAACUCCCAUCAGUCCCAGCAAGCAUGACCCACCGCCAGCAAUGAUGAGAGUUGCCGUUCAUCAAUUUUUUGAGGACCAACGGUUCCCCACACUUACACAAGAUGGAGGCACCGGCAGCCUUUGGGAGACCCUUGAGGUUUGCAGAAGUGCAAAGAAAAUAUUUUGAAGGGGGGAACCUAAAGAGCAGGGGUCCCAAAAACAACCGAGUAAAGACAGAGCAUGUUCAGUGAGCCUUAGUGCCUUUUGUUUGGGGUGGGUGGAAUGAUAAAAGGUAAAGGGACCCCUGACCAUUAGGUCCAGUCAUGACCGACUCUGGGGUUGCGGCGCUCAUCUCGCUUUAUUGGCCGAAGGAGCCGGCAUACAGCUUCCGGGUCAUGUGGCCAGCAUGACUAAGCCGCUUCGGGCGAACCAGAGCAGCGCACAGAAACGGCGUUUACCUUCCCGCCGGAGCGGUACCUAUUUAUCUACUUGCACUUUGACGUGCUUUCAAACUGCUAGGCUGGCAGGAGCAGGGACCGAGCAACGGGAGCUCACCCCGUCGUGGGGAUUCGAACUGCCGACCUUCUGAUCGGCAAGCCCUAGGCUCUGUGGUUUAACCCACAGCGCCACCCGCAUCCCUUCUGGGUGGAAUGGAGAAUGCUGCAAAAGGGCAGGGCUGGGGGGCGGGCUGCAGCCUCAGCACUCUGUGUUGCAACUGGGCCCACCUGGUUUAAAUGUACAAGCCGUUUUCGUGUUCACUUGGUUCAAGGUCGCUCACAAAGAUGUUUUCAAAAGCGAGGCUAAGGGAUGUUAACAAUGUUCCAGGAAGCCUUCACACACGCCGGCCCUUACCAAGGCAAAGCUGUCCACAGGUGGCGUCAUCCAAAAUCUGCCUCCCCACCCUGCAAUAGUACCCUAUUUCUGCCACUUGCCUCACCUGUACACCUUGCAGCUGAGCUGCCCUUAUUUGCUCAUAUCCUCCAAGUUCCAACCUUUUUAGCAUGCAAAGAGGCACUUUUGUUUGCUUUUUAUUGUUACGUGACAAAAUAACUCCUCGUGCCUUUGCUGGGAACAGGAGGCAUAAAACGUCUUUUAUGGGGCCUGAUGACUGGCACGCCUCACAAAAGAAUUUUGGACAUUUUCGCUUCUGAACUUCCCUGUUGCCAAGGUAAAGGUCUCAGUGGCCUUCUGUGUAAAUAGAAUUUACACAGGACAUUCCAAUAUUCAGAAUUUUAAAACCUAUGUUUGUCCAUGCGUAAGUUAUUCAGUCCAGUGUCAAAUCAGGAAGGAUGAAGUUUUACAUGGCCAGGAGGCUUUGUUGCCGCCAAGCUAAAAACCCACGAGUCUGUGAAUGGGUCAAGAUUUGGACCCAUGUCUCCCAGUUUAAACCCUUUCAGAUAAGCAGGUUGCUGUUGAAUGUUCACAGGAUCAGAGCGCGUAAAACUGUUGGCAAGCCUGUGCCGAUCACUCUACUUUCUCUCUAUGCUGUAUCCAGUUUUACUCAAAACUAAAUCAACUGAAAUGCCCGUUAGCCAUUAAUGGCCAUUCAUGUCAAUGGAUCUGCUCUAAGUAGGGAUGAAUGGUCCCGCCCAUUUAGAGUCUCUCUGUUUCUCAUUUUUCCAAGCUUGGUUUCAGUUAUCCACCUUCCUACUGUGGUUUGUGAUUUUUUUUUGGGGGGUGGGAGUAGGGAGGCGGAAUCCUCAUGAAAACUCAUCAGCUUAUUAGUACAAAUUUCUCCUUUAAAAACCCACAUUUUUGUAUGCAGUUUUGACUUAACAUACAUAUUUUUGCAAAUGAUUUAUUCUAAUAUAAUGCAUUUUGUAUGUGUUAUAUCCCCACAAUAUAGACAUUUUUAGUAAACGUUAUUUGGGGAAUUGCAUCUCAGAAUUCAAAGUACAGAUUUCAAAGAAGGGCUGUGCUUCCAUUCUUGUAUUGUUUUGGAAAGUCCGAAUUCAGUAGGUUCUGCUGCAAAUGCAAACUGAAUCUAUUUUCUCUCCCAUCCUUCAGUUUGAGUUUGAAUAAUAUUGAAUACAACACACUGGACAGAUAGAAAUUCCAUUGGGGGAACUUUUUCUGGCCCAGCAAUGCAAGAAGCAUUGCAUCUCCUGUUCCAUUUCUCUCUUACUAAUGGCAGAGGAGCAAGGCCAGUAGAGAGAAGUUGGCAACCCUGGAGCCAAAUAUGUGAAUAUGGUUAGUCGCUCAGCAGGGGAUGUUUAGCGCCAAAGCACAACUUCCUACAUGUCUUAGGUGAUUGUACUAACCGUUUCCUUUCUCUGUGUGUUUUUCCCACAGAAUCUUCCCAGGAAUGGUAACGCUCCCUUCUCCUACACCAACCCCACAAUGGCCAAUGAUGAACUGUAGGUGGAGCGCACCCUACAGUUGGACUUGGCAAGGGGGGGUUAGCCAGAACCUGGCUGAGCCAGGUAAAUUCAGGGAUAUUGUUGGGCUUCGGUGUGAAUAUGGGAAGGAUGAGUUCUGCAAACAAGCUUGGAAAUAGACACUCGCCUACUCACCUGUGGUGAGUUUCAAAUUGCCUGAAGGCGAACAAGCAGCACAAUUUCAACAACUGAAAGAAUCUCUUCUAUAGAUGUGCCAAAAAAAAUCCACCCCUUGCAAAUGUGUGGUGAGCAAGCAACCCUCUCUAAAGCAAUGAGGACAACUAGAGAAUGCUUUGCAAAGCUAGCUGUGUCCCUCAAGCUUGGAAUGUUAUGCUCUGUUCAGCGGAACUCCCUGUCACAAGGAUCUCACCAGGGCUCAAAUGAUCAAUGGGAGAUUCUCUUGCACUGGACAAAUUAACUAAGAAGACGAGGACGAAAGGAAACCACCUAAGCUGCUGAACUGUAAAUUCUGAGUUUCCAGACUAUUUCCCCCAUCACCACUAUGAAAAAGUUGAACUUUUUUGCUUUUACUUUUACUAAUUAUUUUUAUUUUUAUUAAUAUUAAUAUUCUAUUAGUGAUUUUUGUAAAAAAAAUUCAAACUGCAAUAUAGGAAAUCAACAUGUACAUAAAUAUGCAGGUCCUGCUUUCCAAACGCUCACUCUGCAAGAAUUCACUUAUCCAAACAUGAGGAAUUACUACCCAAACCUACACAUUGCAAAUUCAGAUAUGCAAACAGAGAGCAUUUUUUACUUCCUUGUUUGCCUUUUGCUGGUUGGCUGAGGAACAGAACUGAACCGUAGUGAUCUGUAUUUUAGUAAGGUUUAAUAGGGUUUUCCUAAGGGGUGGGUUUAAUUUGUAUUUAUUUCUUAUGGCUUUUAGAAGUGAAACUUCCAUGGCUGGGAACACAUUAGAAAUUCCCCCAUAGGAAUCAAUGGAAAUCGUCGACUCCUUAUAUGAACUCUUGCCUCCCGAACGAUUUCCAGGGGACGCAUUGUGUUCAGAUAGUGGGACCUGAAUGUACUGCGUUUUGGGGGAGAUUUGUCUGAUUAGGAUGCAAAAUCUCAACCCCUGUGAAACCUGGGAGAGGGCAGAGUGCAAUAAUCAAAAUAGCCGUGCUCCAAUCUUUUCUCCCCCACAAUCCUGCUCCACACAUGGAACAAUCCUUGCUCCAGACAACCUUGCCAUCUCUGAAUACUAGUUGCGAGGAAUCACAGGUGAGGAGAAUCGCUGUUGUGCUCAUAUCCUCCUUGUGAGCUUCUUGUUGGGGCAUCUGUGAGAAUAGGAUACAGGAUUAGGUGGCCAUUGCCCUGAUGCAGCCAGGCUUUGCUUAUGUUCUUAAGCUACAGCAUGUUCCCCCCCAAGUGAGAAUACAGAGGGGCAAGUUGCGUCUUGACCUUAUUUCCUCCACCUCAACACGAAAAAGUUCCAGAGGAGUCAAACCCAGACGCAUGAAGGAACAAGAUUAACCCGAAAUAUUUAUUUAAGGUGGAGAGGAAAAGAGUGUGCCCUUUCUUGCCAACCCAGGAUCCUUAAGCCUCUAUGCUGGGGUUACCUCUCCCCCCUCCAAAAAAAAUCCUAUGCUUCCAUAGGGAUGCUGUCGUUCCAAAUCUGCAUUGUACAGGAGAUAGUCCACAGUCCUCUCCAUACAGGUUUCUAACCAGUCAGCAUUGUAAUGCUAAAUGCUUUGGAGGGGAGGGUUUUGAAAGCCAAAUUUGGCAACUGCCUUAUCUGCAAAUCCUGGUGCUCGUGGGUGGUGUCUCGGUGGACAAUUUUGUACAACAGCAAACCUCAAAAUUCUUGGGUGAAGGGUUUUGGAGUUGUGGGGGGAGGCAAACAGGGCGUGGGGAGGAAGAGGAAGUGCCGUGGCUUCUGUGACAAAUUCUAUAUUUAUAACAUUUAACAAUAAACGGAUCUACGUUGGUAUCGAG